UGGGUUACGCAAGGGGCUGAAUCCAGGAAGUUGCUGAGCAGACGCGUUUUGAUCGCUGCAGCCGAGCUCAGGAGAAGCAGCGCGGAUCCCAACCCGAGCACCAGCCGGAGACUGGGCUGCUGCUCACCGGGGGUUUCGCCAGUCUGCCGGGACACGAAGACCAGGAUGAAUAGGAAAGCAGCCCCGCCGCGGCCGAAGGGACAGGGUGCCGCGGCUGCGCGACAGAUGGGCCUGCUCCUGGAUUUCUCCCCCGAGGCGCUGGCCCUGGGCGGGGGGGCGGAGGGGGAGGGCGAUCCUGAGCUGGAGGACGAGCUGCUGGCCCUCAUGAGGGAGAAGCCAGCGGGCGGGAGAGAGCCGGGGCACAAGGGCAAGACCCCCCUGCCCAUGGCGCAUAUCGAGCGCAUGGCUGCGCUGUGCAUGAGAGAUCUGGAUGAGGAAGAGGAGGACAGCGAGGGGUUGGAGGAGGAUGAAGAGCUCAUGGCCGAGCUCAGUGAGGUUUUGGAGGACGAGACUCAAGCAGCCCCUCCCCCAGUGCAGGCCAGACCCCCCCCUGCAGCUCCCAGUUCCACCAGUCAGGCUCAUCCCAGCUCAGCCGGUGUGGAGUCCACUCUCUCGGAGCGCAUCUCGAUGUACCGCGCCGCCACGGCCAUCGCCAAGAGCAGCGGGGAGAGCAGCCGAGCUCGCCGCUACGAGAGGGGGCUGAAGACGCUGGAGUCGAUGCUGGCGUCCGUCAAGAAGGGGAGGAGCAUCAACGAGGAGGAGAUCCCGCCCCCUGUCGCCACAGGCAACACGCCCGCCCCCUCCAGCCCCUUCCCAGAGCCCGGGGCUGUUCCCACACAAGGCCCUGCUGUGAUCGGGACGACACCCCAGCCCCCCCUGCCCCAGACUACCCCCCCGUGCUCCCCAAACCCCCCCAGACCCUCCCCAAGCCUUCCCUGCUCGCGCCCCCCCCCGCGCUCCCUGGCCACGACGCCAGACACCCCCCUCAUCUCACCCCUCACCCCGGUCGGACUGCAGGGCACCCCACACUCAGGUGUGAAGUCGGCUCUCCUCGAUCGACAGAGGGAGUACAAGCUUGCUGCUCUUCAAGCCAAGCAGAGUGGAGACAGCGAGCUGGCCAGGAGACACUACAGCAUAGCCAAGAAAUUCGACCCGGUGCUGGAGGCUGUAGACCGAGGCGAGCCCGUGGAUCUGAGCAACAUGCCGCCCCCUCCUGACCAGGCCGUGAUGGACAGACCAGCCCCUCCCACUCAGCAGUCAACCCUGCCUCCAGCGCCGGCCCGGCCCCCCGCAGCGCCCCCUGCUGCUGACUCUGCCCCCCCUCCAGUCCCCCGGGAUCUCUCGGAGGCACUGCAGCAGCGGAUGGAGCGCUAUCAGAGCGCAGCGGCGCAGGCCAAGGGCCAGGGGGAGGAGCGCAAGACACGCAUGCACCAGCGCAUCGUCAAGCAAUACCAGGAUGCAAUCCGAGCUAGAGUGUACAAAGUAUUCUGUAUAGAGUGCUUCCCCCCCAUCCAGGGGACCGAGGGCUCCGCUGGGGAUCAGAGCAUCAUGGGAGUGCUGGAGACCGCCAUGAAGCUGGCCAAUCAGGACGAGGACGAGGACGAGGGGGGGGAGGGCGAGGGAGGAGUCAAGCCCGCGGUGCGCCCCGCUGCGGUGAGGCCCCCAGGCACUGCUCAGGCACGGACACCCCCCCAGCACCCCCCGCCCAGGGGGCCUCCAGCAGGGGGCGCUGUCCCAGUGGGGCAAGGCUCGGCCAAACCAGCCACCAAGCUCCAAGGCAAAGCCCAGCAGCAGCUGGAUUUCCUGGAGGGGAGGAAGCGGCAGCUGAUGCAGGCAGCCCUGCGCUCCAAGCAGAGGAACGACCUGGAGGGAGCGAAGCAGCACCUGCGGAACGCCAAGGGCAUGGACCCCCUGAUCCAGGCAGCGAGUGGGGGGCUGCCGGUGGACAUCAGCAAGGUGCCUGCAGCCCCGGUGAACGAGGAGGACUUUGUUCUGGUCCAGAAGAGAGGAGUGCAGGUCUCGCACAGGGCAGCAGAGCAGUACAACAACCUGAUGGAGCUGCUGAAACGACAGCACGAGAAGUGCAUGAGCUACUCCAAGCAGUUCACUCACCUGGGCAACGUGAGCGAGACCAGCAGGUUCGAGAGGAUGGCCGAGGAGUGUAAGAAGCACAUGGAGAUCCUGAAGCAGGCCCACGGGAAGGGGUACCCCGUCCCCAAAUUCCACCACGAGGAGCGCACCUUCAACAUCAUCAAGAUUUUCCCCAACCUGACCAACAGCGACAUGAUCCUGACUGUGAUGAAGGGGAUCAACCUGCCCGCCCCCCAGGGUGUCUCCCCCAGCGAGCUGGAUGCCUUCGUUCGGUUUGAGUUUCCCUUCCCCAGUUCGGAAGAAGCUCAGAGAGACAGGACCUCCACUGUGAAGAACACAAACAGCCCAGAGUUCAAUGAGAAGUUCAAGCUGAGCAUCAAUCGAAGCCACAGAGCCUUCAAGCGCGUGGUGCAGAGCAAAGGGAUCAAGCUCGAAGUCAUUCACAAAGGGGGCCUCUUCAAGACAGACCGGGUGGUGGGGAGCGCGCAGCUCAAACUGGACAACCUGGAGAGCAAGUGUGAGAUCAGAGAGAUCAUUGAGGUUCUGGAUGGUAGAAAGCCCACAGGGGGGCGGCUGGACGUGGCGGUCCAAAUUCGGGAGCCCCUGGGGGGUCAGCAGCUGGAAAGCGUGACGGAGAAGUGGGUGGUCAUCGACCCCCUGACCCUGCCCCCGGUGAGGAGAGAGAGAGGGAGCGGGAGAGGGAGAGAGGGAGCUGGAGAGGAGCUGU